AUGUUCUUUGGAAGAGAGUUUAUGGGUAAUAUAAUGGGUGGUAUGGUCGGUGGACGAUACCAAACCCGGUUACGAUGCUUUUCAGCACCGUAUUUUCAACGUGCCGAUGCCAAAAAGGUUCAGGAGAUUAAUUACGGUGGAAAGGUAAGUUUUUAACUUUAAUUGUUUAGAAUAUAGGUAAUAUUGUCUUAGGUUUUUACCCGUUUUUGAUAUAAAUGAUUUUUUGACCUGGACUGUGGACUGUAUCUAGAAUUUUAGAUUCUGUUGCCAAAUUCAGCGUUGGAUGCUUUGAUCCGGAUGAACAUUGAGUACCCAAUGAUGUUCAAACUUAUGAGCCUCGACCCAGCCUUCCAGAGAAUGACACAUGCUGGUGUUUUGGAGUUCUCAGCUGAAGAAGGAAAGGCUUACUUGCCUAAAUGGGUAAGUUAACAUGCAUAUUGAUGACUCCUUGGGUUUGAGUUUGGUUGGAAUACUUUUGGUAAAGAAUAAUGACUUUAACAUUCCAAAAUGAAUAUAAUAGUAUUUUCAUGUCUGUAUUCUUUUAGAAAAAUGAAUGUAAUAACAUAUUUAUAACGAUAUUGUUUUAGAUGAUGGAGCAAUUGAAGUUGGAUGAAGGAGAUGUGUGUCUAAUUGAAUAUACCCGCUUGCCAAGUGCUACGUAUGCCAAGUUCAAGCCUCAGACGACAGAGUUUUUGAAUAUUUCGAAUCCCAAGGCUGUUCUUGAGGUAGAAUUGAGAAAGUUUGCUUGUCUUACCAAAGGAGACAUCAUUUCUGUCGAUGUAAGUUUUAUAAAUACGUAUUUUAAUAGCGAUGUUUAUGUAGAGGGCAUUUUUUGAGAACCUAAAUACCAUAAAAACGCUCUUAAUAUAAAAUCUUUCAGUACAAUGAUCAAUGUAUGCAGUUCAAAGUGAUGGAUCUGAAACCAGCGAAUGCCGUAACGAUUAUUGAGUGUGAUAUGAAUGUAGAGUUUGAUGCUCCAGAAGGCUAUGUCGAACCUGUGUACAAGCCAGUCAACACGGAAAUGGUAGGUGCAAUAUUAUUUGACAAUUUUGAAGAAAAUUUGAAAAAAUGACAUUUGGAUGUAAUAUUAACUAUUGGGGUUGGGUUGGUGACUUUGGGGUGGGUAGGGAGGGGAUUUUAUUUUUUUUGAAUUUAAAAAGAGGGUCACAAUAAUUUUUUUCUAAAAAAGUUGCGGGUUUUUCAUGCUAAAGGUAUGUAAUUUUUGUUUCCAGCCAGCCGCCCCUCCAGUCCAACCACGGCUCAAGAAGGACGACACUUUUGGUGGCAGUGGAGUCAGAUUAGAUGGCAAAAUCAGCAAGAGCCGAACAGUGUCCACUUCCUCAGCUGGCCCUUCUCGUGAUUCAAUCGAAAAGGCUCCAGAAACUGAAGAACAAAUUGCUGAGGUCCUACCGUACGAAGACUACCGUCCAGGCCAACUUGACUUUGUCCGAUACGCUUACAAAAACAAGGAGAUCCUAGAAAAGGAGAUGGCAGAGAAGAAGAGAGAACAAGUGGUACCAUUUGGAGGAAAUCGUCUGGGAGGCCAUACCAUCAACAACUUCAGAGCCUUCGAAGGUUCGGCUCAAACUCUACGUGGUAGUCGUUGA